AUGUUGGAGAGAUGGAGUCUGAUUCUACGACGGAGUGCGGUCCGUGAAAAGAAGAAUACAGGCCAUGUCUUCGGGAGGAGCUUGAGCGCAACUCCGGCGCAAUGGAAGAAGAAGAUGCCGGAUCGACCUAAACCACCACCCGAGAAAGAGUUUACAGAGGCUUUUCUACAUGGGAGUGGACCUGGGGGCCAGAAAAUUAACAAAACCUCCUCUGCAGUCCAGCUCAUCCAUGCUACCUCGGGCAUUGUUCUCAAAGUCCAAGCUACGCGAUCGCGGUCGCAGAACCGCAAGAUUGCAAGACAGAUGCUGGCGGAUCGAUUGGAUGAUUUGGAGAAAGGGGAUAAGAGUCGGAGUGCUGUGGUGGGAGAGGUGAAGAAGAAGAAGAAGAGUAGUGCUGUGAAAAAGAGCAAGAGGAAGUAUAGGAAGUUGGAUGAAGCAAAAGCUUCUGAAGAGGGUGCAAUUGGUGAUGGAGAGGUCGACGGAAAUGACCAAGGCCCUGAGACAAAGCCUUGA